AUGGCCGGAAUUAAAGGUUUGAAUGAAUUGCUUGUUUUGUUGGCAUUUCUGGGUUCGGUUGGUAUGACUCUUGUGGUGUUGGGAUGUGCUCUGCCAUCGUUUGGAUCUGACAUACCGGUGCCCAUGCACUCACUGUGUGUCUGUCCCCUAUGCAGUCGCUGGUGGCCAUUCUUUGUGGUGAUAUUCUAUGUGUUGGCGCCGUUGCCAUCGAUUAUUGCCCGGAGAUAUCAAGACGACGUCGGAUCGAGUAAUGCGUGCAAAGAGUUGGCGCUCUUCUUGACGGCCGGGAUUGUCAUCUCAGCGUAUGGUUUACCCAUUAUAUUGGCUCGAUCUCCACUUGGCCCUGAACAAAUUAUCCAGACGGGCGCGUCUUUUGAUAACGACGACGACGGCUAUAACAUGUGGUAA